GAUUGAGUUCCGCUUUCCGUGUUUCUGUCAAAGUAUUUGGCUAGCUAACCUAGCAGGGAUGACAGCCAAACGAGUGGUGAGCAGCUGAGGAACAGUUUAAUUUUACAUUAUUUCGGAACAAACGUUGAAACCUGUGCUAUAGAGACACUUGAAGAAUAACGCAGCGAAUGGCCUGGACUGUACGUGUCAUGAGACCUUCAUAAAGAGAGGAACAUCAUUCUGAACCUCUGUAUGAGUUAUGAACUUAAACCCCUUCUGGAGCAUGUCAGCCAACACAAGUCGUAAGCAGAGACCAGAUGGUGAGGAACAAAGUGGGCACGGCGAGCAGAGAGCAAGCCCUGCCCGGCUGCCCUUUGGCAAAAAGCAGCUUCCUCCCAUUCCAAAGAAUGCCACCCCUAUUACCAAGCCUACAUCACUGGUGACUCCAGCCCAGUCGGCCAAUGGCACACAUGCCUCAUAUGGUCCUUUUUACCUGGAGUACUCUCUCCUGGCUGAGUUCACCCUUGUAAUUAAGCAGAAACUCCCUGGAAUUUAUGUUCAACCAUCGUACAAGUCGGCACUAAUGUGGUUCGGCGUCAUAUUCAUGAGACAUGGCCUGUACCAGGACGGCGUUUUCAAAUUCACUGUGUAUAUUCCAGAUAACUAUCCAGAUGGAGAGUGUCCGAAAUUGGUAUUCGACAUCCCAGUCUUCCACCCUCUUGUUGACCCUGUGUCUGGAGAGCUUGAUGUCAGAAGAGCUUUCACCAAAUGGAGACGAAAUCAUAACCACAUCUGGCAAGUCCUGAUGUAUGCACGUACAAUUUUCUACAAGAUCAAUACCACAGAACCACUCAACCCAGAGGCUGCUGUGCUAUAUGAGAAGGACGUACAGUUGUUCAAAAGCAAAGUGGUGGAUAGUGUCAAACUAUGCAACAGUCAUCUUUUUGACCAGCCCAAGAUCGACGAUCCCUAUGCAAUAAGUUUUUCUCCAUGGAACCCAGCUGUUCACGAGGAAGCAAAAGAGCGAAUGUUCACACACAAGAGACGGCCUGAGGAUCACCACAAGGGAACGCAUGUGUCAGGACUGUCUUGGGUGAAGCCUGGAACGACGCAGCCUUUCAGCAAAGACGAGAGUCCUCCCCAGAGCUGAAACCUGCACUGUGCAGCAGCAGCCACUAGAGGGAAGCAUAACCACAAGAGGCCAUGCACCUCUCUUUCCUCUGCUUCAUAUGUGAGCUGGAUCCUUGAAACUGUUGGGAUAGCUUUACAUUGAAUCUCCAUGUGAUUGUUAGGCUUUAAAAGCUUUGUAGGCAACAGACCGCUUUAGAAUAAAGAAACUACGUCUGUAUCAUAUGUAAAUUGACGACAACAAAUGGAUGUCUCGACAACAUCAUUUAGCUCAUGAUGCAAUCAAAGAGCUUUCUCAUCUAGUUUUUUUUUCUUGGAUCCAUGCACAUGUUGGGCUGGAUGAUAACGUACUGUCGUAAAGGAGCUGAAGUAAGCCAAGUAAAUUUGCCGUCAUACGGUAUGAAUGGACAACAUGAUCUGUACCACUUGUUGAAACUGGCUCACGACUGUUUAUUUGUCAGACUUGGAACGUUGGUCACAGCUGUGUGAGUGAAACAUCCUAAUUACCACUCUGCCCAACACGGGAUUAGGUUGAAAUGAUGAGUUUCAUAUUUGAUUCUUACUGGACAAUGAUUUCUUUAAAUUCUUAAAUCCUGUCUUCUGUUGUCUUACACGGUUUCUAAUAUAUAUAAAGCAGAGCAGGCAAGUGUUGUUUUAAAUGAGAAGCUAAAUGAGCAAGUAUUUUAUUUUGUCUGAUUUUAAAUAAUUUUUAAUGUUUUAUGUAUCAUUGGUUAUUAAAGGUUUGAUAUGUAAAUAUUGGAUGCUGUGCUAAGGUUUGACUUGGAGAGAUGUCUGCAUUUAGUCUUUUUUUUGUUUGUUUUGAUUUUUAAGUAAAUGUCUUUGUUUGACUUUCCCCAUCAAUCACCCAUGAUUAUCUGUACUUAAAAUUAUGAACUACUUUCUGAGCAGCACAAAAUUGAGUUUAAUCCAGCUACAACAAUGCAAAGUUGUUCUAUGUGUGAUGUAUUCACCUGUGACAGGUCCUGGAUUAAGUGAUAGUAAUACCAGCCACUUUUUUAAGAUAGUUACUUUAAACUUUUAAGAGUACUUAAGAUGUUGAAUAGGUGACAUUUUAAAAUGUGUGGGAACUCCACUUACAAAUCAUGUUGACAGAGCAGACAUGACUUGAUGAAAUCUAUUAAAGAUUUAUUUAUAACUAUAGUGAGAGGUAGGGCUCAGUUUCAGUGUGUUCUUUGUGGAGCCAUUCCUGCUCUACUACAUAGGUGACAUGAGAUUUAUAUGAUUUUUCUCUAAAGUCAAUAAAAUUAUAUUAAGUCA